AUGGAUUCCACCAACAGUGACGCCAAUACGGACGCUAGCGUCGACAACUCUCAGAGAGAUAAGAAUAGUAGUGCUAGUGAACAUUGUGUCCCAAAAUCUGAGCCAUCGGCUUCUUCUACCACACUUCCAACCUCUCCUGCCUCCCCUACUAUAACUCCUCUAGUUACCUCCCCGCAAAAUGAGCAGUCGCUUAUUUCUGCACCAGUUCUUACCUCUUCACCACCUUCCACCUUACAGUCUAAUUCUACUACAAAUAAUUUGACGACAACAACACACAAAACGCAGGCCGCCUUUGUGAACAAAUUGUACACAAUGGUGGAAGAUCAAUCAAUACAACAUUUGAUUUCCUGGGCUCCUUCCGGUGACGUUUUUAGCGUAUCCAAUCCUACCGAAUUUUCAAAAACGGUCCUGCCACAAUAUUUUAAACAUAAUAAUUGGCAAAGUUUUGUGAGGCAAUUAAACAUGAAUGAUAUGUUUCACGCGAAUCCAACAAGUGAAAGUCAAGCUUGGGAAUUCAAACAUCCUGAAUUUCGUCGAGGACAACUUGCUGCUUUACAAAAUAUUAAACGCAAAAGCUCAAAACAUCAUUCUAUUCCAAUUAAUCCUGGGAAAGGGGGUUUACCCGGUGCAGAUCCCGGUUUGCCUUUAGACAUAACUGCUGAUGCUAUGCGCGAUGAAAGAAUUGAAUGCUUGACAAAUCAAAUGUCAGAUAUUGCGGAAAGAAUGCGUCAAAUGAAUGAAAAUUUUAGUCUCCUUUAUGCUGAAACUGUUUCGUGUCGAAUGCAACAGUCAAAGCACGAAAAGGUAAUUACUGAUAUUGCAAAUUUUCUUUCAUCAACAUUCCGAGAAGUGGAUUGCAUACAAGCUGAAAUCGCAAAAUUUGGCCAACAUGAUGUACCUCCUACAUCUUACCCUUCUAUGAUGCCAUAUCAUCCAUCUAACUAUCAUAGAGAAGGAAUACAUCAAGGUCGAUCAAUGUCCACCCCACAGCCUAUGGUCGGAGUUGAAUCUUCUUCCCCUUAUCAUCCUUCGCAAGUAUCGGAUGUUGAUUACCGUUCAUCAUCAUUCUCAGAUUCACACAGAUCGUCUAAAAUUCCUUCACAAAGUCCUUUGUCCAUUUUACCAGAAAUUCCUUUUUCUCCCUUUCGCUCUGGUCCUAGUUAUAUUCGGCAUCGCUCCCUUGAACCGGCAAAUCUUAGUAGAACUCUAUCUCCGGAUGCCUCUUACAGACCUUCAAAACCACCCACAAAUUCACAUAAUCCGCAAUCUUCAUCUCAGUAUGUUCUUCAUACUCCACAUCGUUCAUCAACACUUCCGACUCUUACACAACCUGUUAAUUCAUCGAAUCGACGGGCAUCACAUCCGAAUACUUCUUUAAGUUUUGGUUCUGAUAGUAAUCUAUUGAAUCCUCCUGAAAACAAUAGAUACGAAAAAGAUGAUGACACUGCCAAAUCACAAAGGAUUCCUUUAUCUUCAUCUCCUCCAUCAACUUCCUAUACCAAUUCUGAAAAUCCGGUUGUUGCUAAUUCCACGACAAGACAAAGAUCUCCUCCAUUACCCGAUCCACCAGAUAAUGAUGUGGAAUAUAAUAAUAAACGUUGUAAAAGAAAUUAA